GAGUGUUGUCUCGUCAGCUUCCGCCUCUCACCACCAGAGGAGCGACAAUCACCGCCUCAAGAUGCUCGGGGUCGGGACGAGUGUGGUAGUGGUGACGGCGACGCUGCUGUUGCGAGAGGCGGCUGCUGUCGUCACUUGUCCUGAUGCUUGCUUCUGCCUCUCCGACACCAAGGUGAUCUGUAACGGCGGGGGGCUGACGAGAGUGCCUGACAAUCUGCAUGACACGGUGGAGGACCUGAGCUUCUCGCGAAACGCUUUGGCGGCCCUCACCACUGACAUGUUCCGAAGGUGGCGCCAGCUGAAGGUCCUGACCCUGAACGACAACCAGAUCAGGGACAUCAAGCCCUUUGCCUUCCGUGGCCUUGGCCACCUGAAGGAGAUCUCCAUACAGAACAACCCGCUGACGGAGCUGCCACAGUUCUCGUUCGCCGGGCUCGAGAAUGUCAACCAGAUCAACCUGUGCAAGAACCGCAUCGCAACCAUCCAUCCAUACGUGUUCGCCGGCAGUAGAAACAUCGGCAUGAUCCUACUGCAAGAGAAUCCGCUCAUAAAGAUCAAAGCCAGGGCAUUCUCUGGCCUCCGUACAGCCCAGUUCCUCUACCUGCCCUCCUGGGUUAAGGUAAUUGAGUCUGACGCUUUCUAUGACCUGGAGGGCGUCGGCCUCCUGCGUCUCCACAGCCUUGACCUCCACGCCCUGAGGCCCUACACCUUCAGAGGACUAAGGAACGUGACGCAAAUCUCCAUCCAAGAGUCUGAUCUUGGGGUGUUCCGCGACCUGGCGUUUGAGGGCCUGCAGAACGUUGGUGAAUUACGCAUCCUUAAUAACAAGGUUGAUAUGCUGGAGUCGCUGGAGGUGCGGGAGGAGUCGAACGUGGAUGCUGUGAUCGUGAGAGGCAACCACUUCCUGCAAGUGAGCCGUGAGAAGUCCUUCCGCAUUCAUGCUAACAUCCGCUCUGUUGUUGCAGAAAACUACGUGCCAUGCUCCUGCCAGCUGUGGUGGGUGCUAGACUCCCCGCUCGCCUUAGAGAUGCCCCUCUUCUCCCGCCACAACUUCUGUGUGUCACCGUACUCACUCCACGGAAAAGCCAUCACAUCAGUAGACUUGGACAAUCUUGAUCGAUGCCCAGCACCGCAAGAGCUCCAACUGCCCAGUGGCCAAGACACAUCCCGAGGGGCUCUGACCUCGCCAGUCCCUGAUUAUUUGUCUGCCCUUUGUGUAUCCUUACUACUGCUGCCCCUUCUUCCUGAUUGGUGACCCGAUUCCUGACGGGAGUCAUGUACCAUGCUCUUAACCAAUUAUGGAUUGUACAGAAUUAAUUUUAAUGUAAUGAACCGAGAAACCCCUUUGUAUUACGAUAGCCUUAUCCCUAAUUUGUAAACAUGUUACUACACUAUAUACGAUGGGAAGUGUGACUUCACAUGUUUUGAAUGCCUGUAGUUCUUUAUUUUAAUAUAUUAAGCUUUACGAUCAAGAUCAUCCACUGAAACAAGAUGUGUGUCAUGGGACUUGGGUGUAUAAAAUCAGUGAUAUCAUACGGAUAAGAAUUUCACGAUGCAGCAGAUUGCACUGCAAGGCAAAGUGAAGGGGCCAUCGUAGCAGUACUAUACAGAAUAUACGUAUAUAUGCAUUACUGUAAUCCUUAAUAUCAAAAGGACUGGGCUGGUACAUACUUGUAUCUGAGAAGUCACUCUAUAACAUUCAUUCAUUCAUUACAUAUAAAAGGGCACUGAACAAUACAGUAUGUAUACUGUAUGAAAAAAAUUAUAGAAUAUAUUUAUUAAUUUUUUUAUUUUUUAGGUUACAGUAUGUACAUUUCCCGCUGCUAACAGAAGCAACAAGUUAACAAUUAGGCCAAAGAGAAGAGAUUGGGUGAGGGGCAUGAGUAAUGGAAAGGGCAAAAUGUACAGUAUACUGAUUACAGUAUGUAAUGUAGAGAUAGGAGCCUGCAGACUCCUCUGUUUUGACCACCCCUUCAGGAAGGGAACUUCCCAGAGGAAUGGGAUGUUACAGACAAAGGAAAAUCAAGUAAGACAAACCGUUAUCAUCAUAUAUCUAUCACCCACCUCCAAUUUUAUUUUUCUGAGAAAAAAGAAGUAAAUACCUAUUGUACUGUAUAGAAAUUUACUACAGUAUCAACUUUUUAAUCAUUAGGUCCUUGAACUUGAAUAAAUGGAAAAUACAACUUACCCGUAUUUAAUAAAUCAAUCGGUUAUGAAACUAAAUACAUUUAUAUUCUUAUGCAGUAUUCACAAGUUGGGAGUAAGAAAGUGAACCAAAGUACUGUAUUAACAUUUUCUUUGUAUACAACUUUAAUAGCUAUCGGCUUGCUAUUCAACAAAAGUAAUUGCAGCUUGACCCUCUCUUCCAUCUUAAUUAUGCAGUCUCGUCACUAAGCAAGAAUCUUUUGAUACAUUUCUUGGCCUUAACACCUAAAGUCACUCAAUUGUGAGCAGGGCCGGGUAAAGUAAGGACCACAGUCACAGGCCAGUAUGGCUCCUUCGGACACCUAUAGUCAAAACUGGAUUUCCAGGUACUGUACCUUUUUUGUUUAAUUUAAAGUGUCAGAAAUUAACUAGGCAGUUGAUACUUCUCUGCAUGUUCAUUGCAACUGUGUCACUAGCUUCUGGAGGAUUCAACUCAUAAAGUGCCCCAUUCACAUGCAGGUACUGUACACUUGCACAUUCAGAGGUUUUGUCAAAACCCCAAAUUAAUUUUAUCCAGCCCUGAUUAUGGUUACAUGUCAGUUUCUUUCAUUUUAUCAUCACACCACUCAUCUAUGAUAAAGUUCAUCUUCAAUUUUUUUUUCAAUACUUAAGUAUGAAAAUAUAUGUAUGUUCAUUAUAUUGUAACAUUACUGUACAGUACUGUAUAACUGUGAACUAUUAUUUUCAUUUACAGGCUUGUCAAGUUGAAUCCAGCUGUUAUAUUGUUUUCUGAUGACUGGAAAAAUUUUAAUGUACGUACAGUCAACAAAAAAAGUUCUGCACUCCUGGGUCUGAUGGCCUUCGCAACAAUCAAUGUGACCGAGGCCAUAUUCAUUUGGUAAGGUUGGUACCCAUGAUUGUGUGACCAAUACGAUGUAUUCUGUAUAUCACGUAUAGUUAAUACCGUACAGAGAAAUACACAGGAAUGCAUAUAAAACCCGCACAAAAACCAUACGUUAUAACAUUAUAUACAACGUUGUAUCACCCACAUACUGUGUUGUAAGAAUAUUUGCCACCCUAGUAAAUGAGUUGUCUUAUAGGAAUUUCAGAUAUUAUGAGAUGCAGCGACUUAGUGUAAGUCCUCAGUAUUAUAUCUUAUAAUUCAUAUAAAGUAAGAUUUAAGAGUGAAAUAAAACAAGACCUCAUCCAAUAAAAAAAAAUUGUAAUGUAGUAAACCAUAAAAUAUUACACAGAGGGAACUGAGUUGCUGUAAAGAAGCAAAUGCAUUAUGAAACCUCUUUUUUAUGCCACACAUGAUAAGAAUUGGAGUUUAACUGGGGCUAAUUGUUAGUAAUAUUCAUAAAACAAUGCUAAUGCCAAUGCUAUUUAACAGUGUAACACUGAUUUUCACCAGACGACUUGUGCUACUUUAAAUGUAACAAAUAUGUUUGAAAUGGUACUGGUUCAGUCUGCAUAUGGCAGAGCAUCAGAGGAAACAGCAGGAAUCAAAGUCAUAUAUUCCAGUCAUAUCUAUGUUAUUUGUUAGUUGAUAUGAAAACCUCACAGAGAACAUGCGCAUCAGUCAUCACACUUCAUGGACGCAGACACACUGAACACCCAAGAGAGCUCAGGCUCUCAAUUGGCUCAGCCAUGUCAAUAUUGUUCAUAUUAUCAGCACUGUAUCUGUAUUUUUUCUGGCUAAAUAAACUGUUUCAAUAUCAAUAUCAGUAAACAUAAAAUAAAGAGUAAUUGGCAACUCUAGAAAGCAGUGCUACCAACAUAUGCCAUAUUCAUCAGUGUUGUUCGGAAUUCUCGGUCUGGUGUGUCAUAUUGUACACUCGCUACAGGUAGCAUCUGCAAGGUGAGGUCCGAUUAUUUUCAAAAUUAACACCGUGACUCCUGUUGGCUCGGUAGGGUUGUCAAAAUCCUACGUCCAUUGUGUCAUAUUGUGUAGCCAAAUAUUUUGCAGAUACCUUUUGUAGCAAUUGUACAACACUGUAAAGGUCCAGAAUAUUUUUUUGUUGACUGUACAUUAGGGGAUCAAAUGCUGUACCCGGUAUGAGUUUUAUACAAUUUGACACAAAUUUUGUACUUUUACAGUAUUAUAUAACAAGAAAGAUCUUUCAUACAUAGGCAAAGGGGAAAGAGUCUAAAAAAAAAAAGAA